GGCAAUAUCUUACCACUUACGCAGGCGGGCAUGGGAUGGGAGGGAAAGAUUUGCAGAAUGACGGAUCAGGUUGGUCGCCGGACAUGUUCCACCUCCAGAUGAUCUUUGCGGAGGCGGGUGAGCAACAGAAGGGGUUACCCAUCAGGCAAAGGCGGGCAGCUUGGUGACAAAUAACUGGCCACUCAAGACCAGAUUUUGGAUGCCACCAGGAUCCUACAGGCAGCCCGCACUGCAGGCCGGCCGCCAGACUUCACCAGCAGGGUCAGGAUCUGCUUUUGGUCCUAACAUCAGAAAAUCUUCAAACGCAAUUCCAGUUGAAGAGGAAGAAAGUGCCAUUGAUGACUGCAAAAAAAUGGGGACACUCUUUGGGGAACUCAACAAAUGCCUGCUCAGUAUAGGCUUCUCACGGAUGCAUUUGGGGACUCGUAUUGUUGAGCCGGUUGUAAUAGUUUUCUUUUGGGUCAUGUUGGGCUUCCUUGGUUUACAAGCUUUAACUUUAGUGGGAGCUCUCUGCCUUGUUAUUAUUUUCAUCCAAGAAUAAAAGGCUUCAAAAGAAUGUAUAUGAAAUUAAAUUUUCUACUUUGUAUAUGUAAUGUAAUUAUAUCCAAAAUUUGUAUUGUGUAUAUAUUAAUAUAUGCAAUAAUGUAAAAUGCCAUAUACACAAAUUUUAGAAUAUUACAAUUUACCAUAUUUUUAGCUUUUUUAAUCUCCUUUGCAAAAAAUGAUUGUACUGUAUAUACAUAUAUAAUAUUUGCAAGGCUUUGGCUGAAAUACAGUAUUUUUAUUGAACAUAUUUCAUUGGGACACAAGACUACGUUUGUCUCAAAGACAUUUUGUUCAGAAAAGCUCAAGGCAUAAGUAGGAGAAAUAUUUGCCUUGUUAUUUAGAAGUAAGGGUCUUGUUAAUUAUUGUAAAUUAUUUUUACUCCAGAUAUUUUAAGAAAACUUCCUAAGUAUCAGAUUUAUCUUUGCAUCAUUCUCUAUAGCAAUGAAGCAUUGGUUGAAAUAUGUUUUUCUGAAGCGAAUUUUGAUUUAAUCAAUUCUCAUGAAUCUGCUUUACAAUACAUGGAUAUUUAAAAUAAAACAUUUUGUAAAUUAAAA